AUACUCGCCCACCCACCAACACCAAGAUGGCUCCUCUACGGGGCAGUACUCAACAUUUGACGUUAAUUUAUGUACAAGCUUGAAUUUAAACGCCUUUACAAAUCCGAUUGAAGGAUACAAGGAGUUUUUCGCGAGUGCAGAAAGUGUGAGGUGAGAUAUUGUGAAUGAAUUUAGUGUAAGAAAAGAUAGUUUUUUCCCAAAAAAACGCGCGAUCGGCCGGCUGGCGUGCCAGACUCGUACAUACUCCCCUGCUCGGACUUCAACAUUCCCCAGAAAAACAGUGCCAUUCCAGACAACCAUUGCUCAUUGUUGUGUUAAAAAAGAACUCGUACAUCGUACAAUUAACGAUAGAACUAGCAUUUAAAUACUCCAAAACUUCGCCUGCUAAUUAAUACCUAGAAAAUUCACUGGAAAUUACAGAUCCAAAAAAAGACAAGAACAAAAAUUGUCCUUUGAAAACGUUGAGUAUUAAAAAUCUGGACGAAUGUUUUUUUCUAAACGCACACGAUUAACAUAAAAAUAGUUUUUAACCUGAGGAAAUAAAAAAAAGGAAGUGAAUGUAAACUGUGAUGUCAUUUAAUUAUCAAGCUUAUUGAAAGAGAGAAAGCGAGAGAGUCAAAUUACAAUUUUGAAUUGUUUGCAAUGUCGCAAAGAUGUUACCAAAGGGAAAUAAUACUGAUUUUUAUAUAAAAUUUUGAAUCUCUGAUGACCAAAGUUAUUAUUCGAUAAUUAAGAAAGUCUCUAUUCUUCUAAUUGAACGAAAAGAAAAAAAUGUCCUGAAGAACAAAAUAGAAAAAGAAAAGAUUGUAAUUUUGCAACGAAGGUAAUUUCACAUAUGACCAUAUUUUGUGCAUUACCUGGAUGCGUGUAAUUUUUUUACGAUGGCGCGAAAAAGCGAUAACUUGAGGAUCAUCAAUGUUGCCGUCGUUGGUUUAUCUGGCACAGAAAAGGACAAGGGACAUGUUGGCGUUGGAAAAUCAUGCCUCUGUAAUCGUUUUAUGCGAUCUCUUAGCGAUGAUUACAGUGUGGAUCAUAUUUCCGUUCUCUCUCAGUCGGAUUUUAGCGGUCGAGUGGUGAACAAUGAUCAUUUUCUCUAUUGGGGUGAAGUUUACAAAACAGCCGAGGAUGGUUUGGAAUAUCAAUUUCAAGUUAUAGAACACACAGAAUUUAUAGACGAUGCAUCAUUUCAACCUUUCAAAGGCGGUAAAAUGGAGCCAUACGCAAAACGUUGUUCAGGAACAAAAAUAACAAGCGCUGAAAAGCUGAUGUACAUUUGUAAGAAUCAGCUUGGUAUUGAAAAAGAAUAUGAGCAAAAAGUUUUGCCCGAUGGCAAAUUAAAUAUCGAUGGUUUUUUAUGCGUCUUUGAUGUGAGCGUUGUGCCUAAUCGUCCGAUAGAAAAGCAAAUUGAGAUUGUUGCCAAUGUUCUAAAUAAUUUAGUGAAAACAAAAAAGCCCGUUGUUUUGGUGACAACAAAAAAUGAUGAUGCAAAUGAACAAUAUGUGAAGGAGGCGGAGAAGCUUAUUUUACGUAAAGAGUACAAAAAUUCAAUAGCCUUCGUUGAAACAUCGGCGCAUGAAAAUAUUAAUAUUGAUUUAGCAUUUAUGAUUUUGGCGCAAUUAAUCGAUAGAACUAAAAUUCGUAGUAAAAUAAUACCAUUUAGUGAGGCGGCAAGAGGACGAAAGGAAUUAUUAGAUGCAUCAACUGAAUCAUUGCAGAGGCUUAUUCGACUUCAUGUCUCUGAUUAUCGUGCUCUUUGGUCGCAGGCUUCGAAAAAAUUGGCACAGCACAAAGAAUAUAUGACAUUUGUUGAGCAUUUUGGCAUUGACGCGACACAAAGAUUAUUCAGAAGGCAUAUUAAAAAAUUGAAGGACGAACAGGUCGCUAAAAAAGUUCAAGGCUAUCUCGAUAUGCUUCCUGAUAUUCUCCAUGAAAUUUGUCCCGAUAUUUCUAAUUUGAUCAAUGAAGAGUGGUCAAUCAUUCAGCAAUAUAUAAAAGAACAUCCAGACUUUCAUCAAUACUUUUAUGAAUGCCCUGAAGAUAUAUCCUGGAUUGAUUAUGACUUUGGUGAAAAUAAUACAUCGAAAAUUCCAUACGACGUAUUGGAAACGUCAGAGGCUGAAACUGUUUUUAAGAAUCAUAUAAAUGCUUUACAACAGGAGCAACGGAGACUUGAACUUCCAAAAAGAUACAAAAAGCAAUUUAAGUUGUUACUGGAGGAAACUGGCUACGUUACACCAGGAAAACAUCUUUCUGAAGUUAGAGUACUUUUCAUGGGUCGAGAAUGCUUUGAAGCUCUAUCACAUCACGACUGUCAGGAAGUUUAUGAUCAGCAUCAGAAAGAGAUUAUCGAGAAAGCGAAACAUAAUUUUCAAGAAUUAUUAUUAGAACACGCCGAUCUCUUUUAUCAUUUUAAAAGCUUAGCACCAUCCGGUACUAUUACUCAAGAUGAUAUAAAAGACAUAACUGACGCAUUGUUAGAUGACUUUAGAUAUAAGGCUUUAGAUAGAUUGGAUCAAGAUAGAAAGCUGAUGCUUUUUCAGCAUUUAGGAUUUGUACAUUGUCCUAUCAGGGAACAUUGUCCCGCGUUUCCAAAUUGUAUGGACGCUCUUAUUGAGCGAAUACUUGGAACAAAGGCGCACAGACCGUCUUCCUGGAACCAUAGUAGUCAGUGGCAAUUAACGUCCGAUAAUAAUCAGCUAAAUUUAGUAAUUCUUGGUAGUAAUGGGCUUAGCGAGGAAUUUGCUUGUGAAAUUAGAGCGCAGACAGAAGACGAUGAGGUGGAAAUUGAUUGUCAGAUGUAUACUCUCGGCUAUAGAGUUAUCGAUGGAGAUGUUGGAUUACCGCAUAAUUCAUUUACAACAUCGGAUUUUAUGCCACAUGGAUCAUUUUGCAUUUACUCGAACGAGGAUUCAUUCGAGUAUAUUCGUUCGUCUUUGGAAAAAACUCUUCUAUCGAAUUUGGAACAGGAAGAUCGGCUACCAUUUCAAGGAUUGCCGAUUGUAAUUAUGUUCGUGCCUGAUCAAUGUAUUGAUGAAAUGGAAGCAUCACGGUUACGAGUUGAAGGUCAAAAUUUAGCUGACAGUUUACAAUGUCCGUUUAUUGAUGUUUGCAUUGACGAUUUGGAGCAAAACAAACGAUUUCCAAGUUCGUUGGUAAAGGAAGCUCUACAGCAACUUGUGCAGUCAAUAAAUCAUCGCGCCGGUUUUAUAAACAUUUAUCAGAGUGUGAUUGAAUGUCUGGAACCUGAUAUUAGAAUUAUAAUGUGUAUGUUUUGCGGUGAUCCCUAUUCCGUCGAGAAUGUUCUUGGCCCUUUGCUAAGUCAUCAGUGUUGUUUUUUAAGUGGUGAGAGAUCGAUUGUACUGGAAACCUUCUUAGGUGAAUCAAAACGACGAGUCGAAGUGAUUAUAUCAAGUUUUCAUGGCGCAAACGCUUUUCGAGAUGAACUUGUUCAUGGUUUUAUAUUAGUCUACUCUACUAAAAGAAAAGCCUCUCUCGCAACUUUAAAUGCGUUUUCUAUGAAUAUUCCAAAUUUGCCAAUACAAAUAAUGGCUGUAACGGAAAGUGGAGGAGCCAAUGCGUUCUUCAGCAAUGAUUUGAGUCAUUUACUCAUCACGGAGGGCAAUGCGACUGCGGAUAGGCUUCAGGCUCAUUUCAUGACAUCUUCAUCCAGUUGUCAACAAAAAACUGCUUUCUACACGCCAUUCUUCAAGGAAGUUUGGGAGAAGAAGCCGGAAAUCGAGCAAGCAUUUAAUAUGGAGGAGCCGGGUAAUUUGAAUGACAGUGGAGAAGGAACACUGGAAUAUUCAGCACUUCAUCCAAUGCCACCACCUCGUCAUGAGAGUUAUCAUCUUCAAACACCUGACGAUGGUAUGUCUGUCACUUUUAGAAGUGGUUCCGAGUCUUACGAGCAAUUAACACCUGAUGGCGAACUCGGCGACACUGGUUUGAAUGAGCAUUUUUGUCACAAUCGUGCGACGCCCAGUGAUGAUAGCGAUAUCUACAGUCAGGUAGAUUUUCAUCGCGAGGAAAGGGAACGAGAAAUGCACAAGGCUAAUAAAUUACCAGGUUGGGUGAAGGAGACUUUCAUGAAUCAGGACAGCGUCUCGAAUAGCUAUUCUCACAGGGCAUUUACAACAGGACGUCGUCAUAUAUCGCAAACGAAGCCGCGUCCAAAAGGGAAUAGCCAAACGCUUAAGCAACCGGGAAAGAUAAAUUUAAAGGAUUUUUCAAAUGUGACAGACGCGAUUGCCCGUAUGACCAUUGGCGAGAAAGAUGAGCACGGUUCGAAAAUGUUGGGUCACGCGCCACUUGCAACUCCCGAGUUGGUUGAUCUCGGUUCAGAAUACGCUCAGGUCAAGGACGUUGUUCCAAAUUUAUACUCAUACGAUGGAGAUUACAUGUAUACACUUGUACACGAUUCUAUUGGAAAUAAUAAAUCCAAAAUGAGAUAUAGGCGAAAAAAGGGCCUACCAUCUUACAGUGAUUCAGAUUCAGAAUGGAGUUCAUUGGAGACAUUGGCUGAUUAUGUUGGUUCAGCGAAUAAAAAAGCAUCGGCUCAUAAAAGAAUACGCAAAAAGCGAACUGCAAUUCCAGUUGCAACACCAAAAGUUCCAUCUUUAACUAGCAUGAAAAGUGGAGAAGGUAUUGUUGGUCUAAAUUAUACAAUGAAGGACGAUAAGAAUUGGAGAGUUGAUCCAAAUGAAAGAGUUUCCAGUGAAUCUCCAGACUCUUCAGAAUCGAGUGAUCCAGAACAUAAUUCUCGAUCAAGAUCAAAGCAGUACUUACAAGCUGCGGCACAUUUACAAAAGAGAUUCGGUAAUUCCAUUCCACAUCAACAUUUAGCAGCUACUUUGCAGCAUCCAUUUAAUUUGAAGCAUAUGACGCACGAUAUGUUUUCUACACAUUCCAAGCAUAGAGGUGAUAAUAGUUUCGGAAACAUGCCUGAUGAUGAGUCCAGUAUUGAUGUUUCCUCACCAAGGGAAAUUAACUCUCCUAGUUUUGGUAUUCUUACUAAGGGCAAGGACGGUGAUAAAUUAACAAGAAAAAGAGAUAAGCAGAAGGCGAAGGAGGAUGAAAAAAUGGAGAAACGUCGAUUGAAGGAGGAGAAAUUAAAGAAACACGCGGAGAAAGAAAGAGAACGAGAGAAGAAGAAGCAGGAAAAAAUGAAGCAGACAAAAAGCAAUACUGCGAUAACAAUGUCAAGCCAAAUGCAACAGCAGCCAUUAAUUGAAGACUUUGCUCAAAGUGAAACCAAUCGAAUACCUCUUUUUCUUGAAAAAUGUGUACGCUUUAUUGAGGACGAGGGACUCGAUUCCGAGGGAAUUUAUAGAGUACCUGGAAAUCGAGCACACGUUGAUCUUCUCUUUCAAAAGUUUGAGGAAGACGUUAACGUCGACAUACAUUCUCUGGACAUUCCUGUAAAUGCCGUUGCGACGGCUCUAAAAGAUUUCUUCUCAAAGAGAUUACCGCCUCUUAUCGAUAAAGAACGCAUGGCCCAAUUGGAGGAUAUUUCAGGCGCGCGUGGAAUUAGCACUUCAACUUCAUCAACUUGCAUGAAUAUGGAAGAUAGAAGUUGUAGACUGUUAGCUCUGCGACAGAUGCUGAGUAAAUUAAAUCCAGUCAACUUUGAUGUUCUCAAAUUUAUUUUUCAACAUUUUGUAAAAGUGGCUGAAAAUUGCAAGCUAAAUAGUAUGGAUAGCAAAAAUUUGGCAAUCUGCUGGUGGCCUACGCUUUUACCAAUUGAAUUCAACGAUUUGGGCAGAUUUGAAGCAAUGAGGCCGUACUUGGAAGACGUUGUGCAGACAAUGAUAGACCAAUAUCCUUUUCUAUUCUGCGGCAAGGAAGCCAUUGUAAUGGUCUAGUGAAAUGAAGAAGCGCCAAGACAAAGGUACCGACCAUUUGAGCAAAAAAAAAUGCUUUCUCUUUGUAUAGUAAGGCACAAUUGUUGUAUAAUUUUCUUCCCCAUAUUCAAUGCUCAAUAUUCAAGUGAGCAAAAGUCAGCUUUGAAUCUCUUCGAAUCUAUGUCACAAAAAAAAAAAAAAAUGAAAAUAACUUGAACAAUAUUACGCAUAAUAGUUGGUCUCAUCUUAGUUUGUAAUAGGGAUAUUUUUUUUAAUUAGUUUAGCAAUUAAAAUGAUAAACGCGAAAUGAAGAAACUUUUUUUUACUUUCAGGGUCCUUUCUUUUUAAGUUUAAUUGUGACUAUAUAAUUAAUCCGAUUCCUGAUAAGCCGAAUUUUCAAAUUGACAAUUGACGAUUUAUCAAAAGUCGUUUAAUGUGUCAUUAUUAAUAGUAUGCAUGAGUCAUGUUGGAUGUAUGGAAGACAUUGUAUUUAUUAGCAUGUGUUAGAGUCGUUAAAUAUCGAUAUUGUCGAUAAUAGCGAUUAAAUGGUACGAAACGUACUCGAUGUUGCUCUUUACGUUUAAAUGCUUUUUGUUUAUUAUUAUUUUUCCAAUUUUCAAUUCUUGCACAGGCCUCAACGCACAAGUUAUUGAUGAUCACUCUUUUCUCAGGAAUACAAUUACAAAAAAAAGAAAAAAAAACAAAAGAGAAAAAAAAGAUUAGAUUAAAACUCGCCUAUUCCCAUAGUUAUUUUUUUAAGGCAAUUUAUUUUUCAAAUGAAACAUCAACAAAGAAAAAAUUCACAAUUGACCCUCAUUUACAUUCAAUAAUAAUUACCUGAAAGAUAUUUUUAUUAUUGAAAACAUCUCAUUUACUCGCAUUUUUAGGUCAAAGAGAAAAAUUAAUACGAAAAAUAGUAAAUAUUUUUAUUUUUUUCUUUAGUUCGCGUUGCAAUUUUGAAAUGUGCUUCAGUAAGACUAGAAAACAAGUGUCAUCUAUUUAGAUGUGCCAUAAAUUUAUGGAACUUGAUGUUAAGAUGAUGAUGAUGAUGAUGAUAGUGGUACAUUUCAGCGAUUCAACAUCUAAAAUCAUUGGUCGAUGCGACGAAUGUUACUUUCAAUAUGUGAUAACAUUUUUAAAUAUAAAUAAAUAAAAAAUAUAUAUAAAUAUAUAUUAUAUAUUAUUAAAAUACAGAGAAACUAAUUGAAUGCUGUGUAAAGACGUUAUGAACUUCGAUAUCAGUACAAGUUUAAAUAUAACAAAAGAAAAACUCAAAUCAGAUCAAGUGAGGUCUUUUAUUUAGUUUUUUUUUAAUUAUUAAAAUCUCAAAUGCUUUUUAGUCGAGAUGCUUUCGGAUGUUGCGAUUGCUGCAGUAUUUAAAUCUCGUGUGAUGGCAAAGGAAUUUGGAAUUUCAAUGUUUUCUAUAAAGAAAUAAAAAAAAAUGUGUUUUUCAGUUUCAAGGCAUAUGAAUUUGAUGUUUUGAGAUCUUUCGAAUACUACGAUAUCAUGCUAAUAAGAAUAGCAAUAAUAAUUAUAAUAAUAAUAAAAAUAAUAAUAAUUAUAAUAAUAAUUAUAAUAAUAAAAUAAUAAUAAUAUUAAUAAUAAUAAUAAUAAUAAUAAUAAUAAUCAAACAAAUCAAAUACAACGCCUUCUAACGUGAAAAAAAGCGUGCGUGUUGUCGUAUUUAUAAAGGGAAACAGAAAAAAAACCAAGCGUUUUGAAUAUAGUGAUAUAAUGCGUGAAUGUAAUUGUUAAGCUUCGGUUA